AUGGGGGGUGAGGACUUGCGCUGGGAGUUCCACCUCGACAUGGAGCGCUUGGAGGCGCAGGUGCAGUCCUCGCUGCAGGGCCUGGUGCUUGGCCUUGAGGCCUGCGCGGCGCGGCUGCGGCGGCUCUACGUGGACUUCGACUGCCUGGACGACGGAGAAGCCGAAGGGCUCUUUGGCUCCGAGGGGAGGCUCAAGGAAGAGCUGCAGGAGAUUGAGGACGUGCAGCAGGAUGGCUUGGAGCUGAGGAAGCGCACUGCCGGGUGGCAGCGCGGCGCCCCCCGAGCCUUGCGCCACGUCAUGGGCCUGGAAGCCUUGGCCGACUUCCUGGGCGAGGCGGUGCCAGAGAUGGACCACCUCGUGGCCGCCUGCGGGAACUGCGCGGCCCGGCGCCGGGCCGCCGUGGCCCGCGCCAAGGCAGCCAUCGAGGCGAACGACGCGGAAGAGCGCGCCAGUGCCGUGGGCCUCGUGCAGGAAGCCCUUUCUCCCCCAAGCCGGGUGGAUUUCCCGCGGAUCACGGAGAUCUGCCAGCGGGUGGCUGACCGGCCGGACGAGGCAGAGCAGAGCGCCGCGUUGCUGUGGGCGGCCUUCGCCUCUGAUGAGGACAAUGCCGAGGUGCCUCGAAGGCAGCUCAAGGCGCUGACCAUAGCCCACGAGUUGCUCUACGACGAACGAGUGCUGAAAGCUUUUGCCAAGCACGACACCGAGGCCUUGCGAGGCCUAGAGGCUUCUCGCCCCACCUCCCUUGGAGCACCUGCGGAGGAGAGGCCAUGCGCAUGCUUGCGGCGGAGGUGCGGCGCCGGGUGGAGGAGAGGCACGAGAGCGCACCAGCAGGCGCCGGGCCACUUGGAGUUUCUCCGUGCGAGGAGAAGGUGA